GGGAAGAAUUAGUGUUGUAGAUGAAGAAAAAGGGCAAAAAGGUUCUUCUUGUGAUAUUUUCUUUCAUAAUAUUUAAUGUUAAUACCACCAUCUCCGAUCAAAAAACAUGGAACUGGUUUGAAGCUCAACAAUAUUGCAGCAAUACAAAUGAUACACUAAAAGCAGUUGGUGUUACUCCAAACUCACUCGAGCACUGGACUGGAUUUUAUCGGCGAUAUUCACCCUGGAUAAAACUUUUAGGCGGUUUUCUUUUGUUUCUAGGGUGCUUCGACUCAGAGGUUGUCAAUAAGCAAAGAACCUUCCAUUUUUAUUUCAACUUUUCAUCAGCAGGUUUAUGUCAAGAGAUAUGUGCAUCAGUGAAUUCUACUCUUUUUGGAAUACAGCUAGAAAAAUGUGUCUGCUUUGAAAAUCCCAUUUUUGCGGAGACUAUCUCGCCUGAUCAAUGCAAUAUUACUUGUAAUGAUGUUGGAGAUGAAGUUCGGAUUAAAUUCUCAGAAUGUGGAGGACCAAAUGCAUAUACAUUAUAUAAAUCAGAGGACGAUGGAGAUAAUAAUGGUGCAGCUUGUCUUGCAAUAAACUGUGGUACAAUAAAGAAGUUUUCAUUGUCUUCAGAUUGUUCAGAGUCAUACCAUGGGGCCUGUGCCUAUAAAGAGUAUGUAGGAUGCUUUAAAGACCAGCCUAAUCGAACAUUGUCAAUGAAAUCAAUCGGAUCCUUUUACAUGACUUUAGAAUAUUGUAGAAACUUCUGUAAUGAUACUCUAUGGAGUUGAGUAUUCUGGAGAAUGUUACUGCGGAAAUUUUUUUACAACGGUUACCAGAAAGCCUGAAGGACAAUGUAAAAUGAAAUGUCAUGGAAAUAAUGCUCAAGUUUGUGGCGGGAGCUGGAAAAUGAACAUUUACAUAAACUUAAAUUUCAAAACAAGUAAUUAUGAAGAAAUUAAAACAUCUGCUUUAUAUUUAUCCACUAUACUACCUUAAAUGAAAUAGUAGAGAACGUGGGGCAAUUUUUCAUUUCGUAAAUGAUAAAUGAACACUUUAUAUUUUUUUCGUCUAUCAUUAACGUUAUAGAUUAAUACUACAAUAAUGUUUUUAGAGUCUGGUCCGAUUUAUAGAAAAAAUACUUCUAACGGCAAAUAAUUAUUAUUUGGUCCAGCAUAGUUUUAUAACCUAUUUUGAGUAUGCUGAAUCCGAAAAAAAUAUGCUGGCCUUCAUGAAAAUGGCGUUAAAGAGGUCAAAAUGGCGAUUCAAAAUGGCGGACAUCCAAUUUUUCUAAUUUUCUCUUAAUAUCGUUCAAAAAGGAGAAAUAAAUUGUGAAUAUCUCACUGAGUGUCAUACAAGUAUAAAAAUAAUAAUGCUAAAAUUAUUAGUUUAACUCACAAAAUUUAGCCUUUCUACACUUAAUUAGAAUUUUCUCUUAUUUUUUGGUCUAUCGUUAUAUAUUCCGCUUUGUUCAGGAUUUUACAUUUUAAAAUAUCCAUACAUUGCAGAUUUGUAUUUUUUCCUCUGCAUCUCACUAUUCUAUUACUGAAUGAUAGUGCAGCUGUAAGUUAAAAGUCAGAAUGGUGAUUCA